UUCCUUCUAUUCUAUUCAAACAAGUUUAUCAUCAUAACAUGCUUUUGACACAUUACUAUGUUGACUAAUUCAAACAAACCACACACUCUUCUUUCACUCUUUGUACCCUAUAACACUAUCAACACUCCCUCAUCUCUAUUUCUCUGUCUCUGAGGAUUACUUGCAUGAAACUAGUAAAGCAUAUUCCACUUUCCUUUUUCACAUGUCAUGCCAUAUAUGCUUUGUUUAUCUCUUUCAUCACUUCAUAUUCUAUUGCUUCUGCUUCCUAUCUCUAUAGCCACUGAUUUCUUCAAUUUUGACAGCUUUUUCAUAUAUUGUUCGCCGGUUUUGAAGUAGAUCACAACAAAUAGCUAUGAAGUUCAUGAAACUUGGAACUCGGUCGGACUCUUUCUACACCGAACAAGCUACCAGGAGUCUAGUUUCCGAUAUAGCUCCCGACCUUGUGAUAAAAAUCAAUGAUACAACUUAUCUGCUACAUAAGUCUCCGCUUCUUUCGAAAUGUGGCCUUUUACUAAGACUUGGUUCUGAUACUUAUGAUUCUGAGAGUGUUCCUCUAGAGCUUCAUGAUAUGCCUGGUGGAGCAGAAGCUUUUGAACUCUGUGCUAAGUUUUGCUAUGGAGUUUCAAUCAACAUUAGUGCUCAUAAUUUAGUACCUUCACUUUGUGCUGCUAAGCUCCUCCAAAUGAAUGAGUCCGUUGAGAGGGGAAACUUUGUAGGUAAACUUGAGUCUUUCUUCAGUUCUUGCAUUCUAGAAGGAUGGAAAGACUCGGUUUCGACGCUGCAGGCCACCGAGAAGUUACCAGAGUGGUCUGAGAAUCUCGGCAUAAUAAGAAAAUGCAUUGAUUCAAUUAUUGAAAAAGUUCUUACACCCCUACCACAGGUGAAAUGGUCCUACACUUACACUAGGCCUGGUUACAACAGAAAAGAGCAUCAUUCUGUUCCGAAGGAUUGGUGGACCGAGGAUAUAUCGAUUCUAAACAUAGAUCUUUUCAGGUGCAUAAUAAUGACUAUUAGAUCAACACAUGUGCUUCCGCCGCAGCUUAUCGGCGAAGCUUUGCAUGUUUACGCAUAUAAGUGGUUACCUUGCACCAUAAAGGCUAAAAGUUCAGGAAGUUCAGCAUCACAAACAGAAGAAUCCAAGGAGAAAAACAGAAUAAUUCUUGAAACAAUUGUGAGCAUGAUUCCUUCAGAUAGAGGGUCAGUUUCAGGUGGUUUCUUGUUAAGACUCUUGAGCAUUUCAAGUCAUUUAGGUGUCUCUACAAUGACAAAAACAGAACUGAUAAAAAGAGGUAGCAUACAGUUUCAUGAGGCUACUGUGAGUGAUUUGCUUUACCCUCCAACAUCGUCGUUGGACCAGAAUUUUUAUGACAUUGAGUUAGUUCAAGUAGUGUUGGAAAGUUUUCUGAAGUUUUGGAAAAGAAUCUCCCCUGGUGCUGUGGACAAUAGGCACUACUUGUUAAGAUCGAUACGAAAAGUUGGUAAACUUGUUGAUUCCUAUCUUCAAGUGGUGGCAAGAGAUGAAAAUAUGGCAGUGUCGAAAUUCGUAACUCUUGCUGAAACUGUGCCAGCAGUUGGAAGAUUAGAGCAUGAUGAUUUGUACCAGGCAAUCAACAUUUAUCUUAAGGUGCAUCCGGACUUGAGCAAGGUGGAAAAGAAGCGCUUAUGCGGGAUUCUAGAGUGCCAAAGAUUGUCCUCAGACGCGCGCUCACACGCUGUCAAAAACGAGUUUCUGCCAUCAAGAACUGUGGUGCAGCUCCUAUAUUAUGAACAAGAGAAAGACUCUAAGGUAGCAACAACUAGUACAAAGUUGCAAAAACCACAUGAGCUACUUCUAGAAGCAAAAAAGAAACCAGCCACAAGAGAUAGCCAUGGAAAGCAAUCUCAGUACCUUGACAAAGAAGCAAUCACAAGAAGAACAUCGAUUGCUGAGAGUAGAGAAAAGGGUCAGCAGAAAACUAAAAGGUUGGAUGAUAAGUUGGCAUUAGACUUGGAAAAAAAGAUGGUUAUAAAAGGAGGCAAAGAAGAAAGUAUGGCAGGAAUCAAAAUAAACUUAGAUCAUAAGAAAAUCAUAGGAAGAACAAGAAGCAAUAAAUCAGAAUAUGGCAGUGAAAAGAGAAGAUAGAUUUGAUAAUAGUAUUAGAAUAAUCUUUGAAAAUUUCAAAGAAAAUUAUUGUCAGCCCUCUCUAUCUAUGCAUUUUUGUCUCCUCUAUUCUUAUCUUAUUAUCUCUUCUUACCUUUGUCAUAAAUGUAACAAUGGUGUGAUCAAGUGUAAUUUAUAUUUCAUUUAAAGGUUGUAAUUGUAUUUGUUAGUAUAAAAGUAUACUCAAAAUAUUUUUUUAUAAAGCUUUUUAUUAAAAAUUGAAAGAAAAAAAGACAAACAAAUAGGGUGGGGGCAUGUGUCUAACCCAUCAAAACUAACAAAAACGG